AAUCAAGCACGGAAAUAACUAACAGCUGUUCUACAAUAUUCGCUCGGGCAACUCUGGUAGCAGCUGUGUACGAAUGAACACGCAGCCGUUUUCCUUGGAACUGCGAUUGUUUGCACAUUGAAUUAAGACUUUCUCAUUGUUUUAUCUUACUUUGUUAAAAUAGGUUAAAUCAAUUUUUAAAGGUUAGUCAUAAUCAACUUACAACAGUGGUAGUUAUUGUGAAUAGUGCGCGAGUCAAAUAAUCCAUUAUUUUUUGGUGAUAUUAUGUUUACCAAAAUUCAUUCGUUGUUAUUGUGAAUUGAGACUAGUUGAAAUGCCUCGUGAAUACGUGGAUCGCGAGAAGAGUUCCUCGGUGUUAUGUUAAUAGAAUCUCCACCUCUAGAUAGCAGUUUUAAUUUUCUGUCUGUAGUGGCGAGAAUAAUUUAUAAAAAUGUCUUGCACGGUACCAACUAGUUCCGCUUUGAGAGCUUUGGCUUUAGAAUACAAAAGUCUACAAGAAGAGCCCGUGGAAGGUUUUCGAGUGAAGUUAUUGGGUGAGGACAAUUUGUUUGAAUGGGAAGUUGCAAUAUUUGGACCUCCUGAUACGCUGUACCAAGGCGGAUACUUCAAGGCACAUAUGAAGUUCCCUCCAGACUACCCAUACUCACCUCCCACCAUAAGGUUUCUCACAAAAGUAUGGCAUCCAAAUGUGUAUGAGAACGGUGAUCUUUGCAUAUCAAUCCUUCAUCCACCGGUGGACGACCCACAGUCGGGUGAGUUGCCGUGCGAGCGCUGGAACCCUACGCAAUCCGUUCGCACCGUGCUACUAUCAGUCAUCUCUCUACUGAACGAGCCGAACACGUUCAGCCCAGCAAAUGUUGACGCGAGCGUCAUGUACCGCCGCUGGCGUGAUUCCAAGGGCAAGGAUAAGGAGUACGAAAAUAUAAUAAGAAAACAAGCUCAAGUGGCGCGCAUAGAAGCAGAGAAAGAAGGAAUAGUCGUACCUUUAACAUUAGAAGAUUAUUGCAUUAAAACACAAGUAAAAUCGACAACACAAGAACCACAGUUGGACAUGACAGACUUCUAUGAUGAUGACUACGAUGACCUCGACACCGACUCUGAGGAGGAGUUGGAGGGGGGUGAAGAUGGCGACGACAGCGGCAACGGCGAGUCGUGAUACGUCAAAGAGAUCUCAUGCGACGGACGGACAACCAGAAAUAUAUAAUAUUAUAUAUUGGCAUUUGUUAUUCCUUAAAACUCUAUCGAAGUAAUAUUACCAACUUUUGUAUUGUCUAAAAAUUAUGUAAUAAACAUAAAUUGACAAACACAAAUGCACCAUAAGAAUAUGGGAGAACUUAAAUAUUAAGUCGGACUAUGCAAAAUAAUUAACAAAAGGCCAUUUGAACGAUACAGGCAUCAGUAUAAACUUUAAACGCAACAAUAACAAUAAUAAUAAAUCAAAUGCUCGAUCAAAUUAAAAUAUUUCCAGGUGACAUAAAAAUUAUUACAUUAACAGAGUUUAAAGUUAAGAGAAAAUUGUUAGUGUAUGUAGCUAUGGAAAUUACCCUAAAACUUACUCACAUUUUUCCUACAUAGAAGUUGAAAUAAACAAAAUACAUAUUUUGUUUUAGUAACGUUAAUCACUGCCAAAACAGAUAAAUAAUUACUAAUAUGGGUCAAAACAAUUUUCAUUUCUUGUAACAUGCAAAAGACUAUAGAAUCGUGAACAGUAUAAUAUUCCACAACAUUGAUAUUAUAACAGAUAUAAUUUUGAAUAUAUUAUCUUUGUAACAAAGACUAUUUGUCUUUGCUACAAUCCCAGUAGGACAGUAAAAAAAAAUUGUCAAUAUUAAAAAUACAGUAUUGUAUUAAAUAUUACAUUAACUAUAUUCAUAAUUUUGCUUAAUAAAUAUACAAAUAAUUGUAAAAGUAAUGUGAAAAUGUAACUAUGGCAUGCAGCCUAUUAAUAUGUAGCUGUAUCUAAUUGUAAUAUAAAAUUAUUUAUGAUGUAAUGUCUCGAUCAAAUGCCAAUUUUAAUAUUAUUUAUCAAAAAAAAAGUCCGCCUCUAGCCAAAACUUAACAUGUAUAGUUUAAUUUUCGAAUGUCAUCCAAUAAGUCAUUUACUUUUUUUUUAAUAUUAGUUUCCUUAAAAUUAGCCUAGAACAUAUUGUAGACCAAUUAUUUUGAAUUAGAUUUGUAUAAUUUUUAUAGUUCCGUAAUGGUUUUAUCCACAACAAGAACUGUUUGUAUGAUUUAUUUAUUCAUGAAACUUUGUAAUUAAUAGAAUGUUUUAAAUUAUAAUUUGAUUCAAUCGAAUGUAAUAAUUUUAUCCUUUUUGACACUUAAAAUAUAAUUAAAACUAUAUCGUUUUUUAUUAUUUCAUACAUUAAAAUUGAGGCAUCACAAUUUUAUUUAUUUUUCUAUGAAACAAUGUAUAUAAUGCUGCUUUAGACAUUUUUAAUGGUAUCAAAAAUUGUACAGAGAUUAAUUUAGCAUUCAAUUAUUGUUCAAAAGUAGGUGUGCUCAAAUCAUAACUGUAUAAUAAUAUGAUAAUACUAUAAUAUAUUCAAUACCCUCUAGGCUAUAUUUGAAGAGUGCAUACAUAUAUUACUUUAUCGAUACAUUACCGAAAUUAUUUAAUAAAAAAAAGUAGUUUUAAUGGCUAGUAUACUAAGCUAAAUUAAUGUUAUACUUAAAUAUGUAAGUUGAUUGACAAUUAUAGAUUAUUAAUUACUCUCUAAACAGUUGGCUUAUAUCAUUAUUAUAUAUUAAAUAUGGAAUAAUUAGCUGCAUACGUAAUUUAUUUUAAGGAUUAUUCUCAUUUAUUCCAAUAAGUUGUCCUAUUUAUAUGAAGUUGAAAUAUUUUAGAUAGUAUUAAAUUAGUUUUUUCAAUUAACUACUUAAAUAAUAUUAAACAUGUCAGAGUAUAUUUUUUAAAUAUACUUAAAAAAUCUGAUUAUAUAUGAAGUCUAGUUUAUAGGACAAUGUACAGGGAUAAAUAAGAAUAAACUUCUAUUACAAUGUACGACGCUUUUAAUUUUAACAAAAAUAUAAUUCGAAUUAUUGUAUCUGUAUCCACCCCCUUCCCUUACCCCCAUUUUUAGUAUUGUACUUUGUUUAACGUAUAGAAUUACAAUAAGUAAAAUAAUCAACUCCACUCUUCACUUUAUUUUAAAUAGAAAUUUAUAAAAAUCGUCCGAUGAUAACAUUUAAAUUAGAUUAAGUAAAUAUAAGUGGUUUGGAAAAUUACUGUAGGAGGUCAAAAAAAUGUUAAUUGCGUAAAGAUAUUCAGUAAUAAACUGCAUGUGUUUGGAUGCGAA